AUGGGCUGGCGCCGGGGGCUCGGCGGGGCCGGCGCGCCGCUGCUGCUGCUGCUGCUGCUCGCCGGGCAGGGCGCCGGGCAGGGCGCGGGCCGAAAGAUGCCGAAGAGGAAGUGCCCGCAGGGCUGCAACUGCACCAAGGACUCGGCGAUGUGCGAGCGGGCCAAGGAGAUCCCGCGGGAGCUGCCCCAGGACUGCGUCUCCCUGUCCCUCAUUCGUUCAGGAUUCAGUGAGAUCUUAGAAGGCAGCUUUCAAGGUGUGCCAACUCUUCGGCUGCUCUUGAUCACUUACAACUCCCUGGAUCUGAUUGGGGACGACGCCUUUGUGGGACUCGUGCAGCUGGAGUACCUGUUCAUUGAACAAAACAGACUCGACGCUAUCUCCAAGAAUGCCCUGAGAGGCCUAAAGACGCUUCUCCAUCUGAAUCUGGCCCAUAAUAACCUACAGACCUUACCAAGACACUUGUUCCGAGGCUUGGAUGCUCUGGUUUCAGUGGACUUGAGGGGCAAUGCCUUCCACUGUGACUGCAAGCUGAAAUGGCUGGUGGAGUGGGUGAGUCACACCAACGCCUUGGUGGAACCCAUAGAGUGCUGGUCACCAGCUGAGCUGAACCGCACCAGUCUCAGCGAACUCCGUCCUGGAGCCUUCAACUGCAUCACCACAGAGCUUGUCCUCUCCGGGACGCUGCCAGAACAGUCGCUCUCAGUAGAAACCUUCACCUACCACGGAGAACAGAACUUGGUGAUUGCCCAGCCCUUCACUGGACGCUGCAGCUUCAUGGAGUGGGACCACGUGGUGGGAAAGUUCCGCAACUAUGCCUACAUCAAUGGUUCAUCCACAGUGGUCUGCAAACCUCUAAUGAUUGAGGACGAACUCUUUGUGGUGGUGGCACAGCUGUUCCGAGGCUCACACAUCUACAAGAGGCAGGAAGCCACCGGGCAGUUUCUACACAUGCAGGUUAUUGAGAGCUCACAGAUUCGCAAACCUAAUGACAUUGAGGUCUUCCGUGUGGAAGGAGACUGGUAUUUCAUCAUGGCUGACAGCUCCAAGGCAGGUUCUACCACCUUGUACCGCUGGAAUGGCCAUGGCUUCUACUCCCACCAGUCACUGCAUGCCUGGUACCGCGACACAGAUGCUGAAUUUCUGGAGAUUGCAGGCAAACCUCACCUCAUCUUGGCCAGCAGCUCCCAGCGCCCCGUCAUCUACCAAUGGAACAAGCAGCAGUUUGUGCGCCGCACUGACAUCCCCGACAUGGACGACGUCUAUGCUGUCAAGCACUUCAAGGUCAAGGAGGAUGUGUACAUCUGCCUGACCCGAUUCCUUGGUGAUUCCAAGGUGAUGCACUGGGAUGGUUCAAUGUUCCGAGAUGUCCAGCAGAUGCCUUCGCGUGGCUCCAUGGUCUUUCAGCCUCUGAGCAUCGCUGGUUACCGCUACGCAUUUCUCGGCAAUGACUUCUCCUUCAGCAAAGUGUACCUCUAUGACCCCAUCACGGGGCUCUUCCAGCACUUCCAAGAGCUGAGCACCCAGGCCCCACGCGCCUUCGCCCACCUCAGCAUUGACAAGCAAGAUUUCCUGAUUGCCUCCAGCUUCAAGGGCAAAACGCACAUCUACCGGCACGUCAUCAUCGAUCAGAGUGCCUGAGCCAGGUGACGGCGGGGUUCAGGUGUUAAGCGUGGGAGGCAGCCACCAUGGGGAGAGGGAGCCCAGAAGCGGACAGUGGAGCCAGCCCCGGGGGAAGUGCAGUAUCCGAGGCAACCACUAGAGAGACAGCCCUGGAAGCAGAUGCUGUUGAGAGAGCGGUCCUCCAGUGGUGGAAGGCUGGAGAGCACGGGAUAACAGCUGGCCUGUGAGUGGAAGCCGGGCAAUGGACGAGCCAUAACCAAGCACUAGUGAGCGCAACACAUGGCAGCCAGAAACGCCAACAGAAUCCUCUAUUUUUUUACCCACUGGAUGAUCAUCCAGGGAUCCUGCAGCUGUGGGAGAUGGCAGGAUCGUGCUCUGCAGUGGGGCUAAACCGAAUAUCCUCAAGGAUGGGGUAUGGCGAUUUGGAGAGGCGACGCUCCCUGCCCGGAAAAGCUCCAAAUCUUGCUGCCAACUAGCCAUCCCUGUCCUCCUGCCCCUGCUUAAGAGUGGACACUCCCCAUUGAAAUAUAAUUUCUCAUUGUAACUUGGAUGAAAGUUAUGGGUUUGCAUCUCACCUCUCUUCAAUUUUUAUACCCCCUUUAAGGGUUCAGUGAAAACCAUUGCUUGUUUUCUCCGCUCACUUGUUUCUACUACAAAUUGUUUUCCUUUUAAGCUGCAUGGUUUUUUUAAACAAGAAAAGGUUUGUGCAAUCCAGCACAAGCUAGCUGCAACUAAUGGGGCACACCUACUUAGAAGGUGUGUGUGCACAGAAUCCAGGCUUAAUGGUGCAACCCUAUACCUGUCUACUGAGAAGUGCAUCCCUUUCAGCUCAGUGGGGCUUCCUCCUGCGCAGUUGGGUCGAGGCUUGCAGCUGUAGCAUCGGUGAAAGAAGAUGCAACAAGGUGCUGUUUCAGGCUUUCUUUGAGAUAAGUGGCUUGAUCCCUGCUGAGGGUCAUACAGAAGUCUCACUGCAUUCAGUGGAACCUACUCGCGAGUAGCUUGAGUUUAGUUGCAAUUAUUACCUGCUGGGUUGCAUCAAAUGUGUUUUAAUGGCCAUUUUACAAUUUCAUUUUAUAUGCAUACAUACAUACAUAUAUAUAUACACAUAUAUCAUUUUAAGCAAUGCGUCAAGUCAGGUUCUUCAAUCAUGGCUAAAGCACAAGCUUAACCUUAAGCGCAUAAGGAAUCCCCUCAGAUCUUAAUGCGGGGGACAAUAAAUACAUGAGGGCACAGGGUAGGAUGGGCUCAUUGAUAUGAUGGGUGGGCAUAAGAGAAUGCAGUGCUGGAAUAGGCUGGAGAGAGGGCGAGACAGCUUUUCGUGCAGCUUUUAUCCUUUGCCUGUAAAUAACCAGCAUGGCAUUCAAAUCCAUCAAACCUUUCUCCAGUAGUGGGCAGCACCGAGCUACAAGGAUUACAUGCAAAGGUAUUUAUUCCCCCUUACUGGAAUUGUGAGGAGGUGGACCUGGAACCAUUCGGGCUGAGAAUACACCAAGAGAGCGCUUUUCGGAAGAACAGGCUGAUAUCCUCUUCUCUCUCCCAUUCAUGAUGUGGGAUCCCACAUACAAGCACUGUAAAUAAAAACAGUAUAUUGUUUGCGGGCUUGAGUGUGGUAUUCACUUGCAUGGCUGCAUCCUCCACCUCACUGGGAAUGGAGGACCUUAUCGAGUAUGGCAAAUAGCCCAGCUGCGAAGGAGAUCGUUCUUCCCUUUUGCACCACAUACUUUGCUCCUUGCAUUGCAUUGUGCCAGGGAGUUUUCUCGCAGCCUAAGCUGGUUGAAUGUUUUGUUUCUGUGAUGGCUGGUAAGCUUGGAGACGUGUCUCCUCACCACAUCUGCAGCGGUGCAUUGCUCAGAGCUGUCCAGAGGCCAUGCUUUCUGUGGUUUUAAGGAAUAAAGGGUGGCGUAUUAUUUUGCACCAAAUUCAGGGAGCAGCACUGAAGCUUCAACAUUCCCAACAGCCCAUUGUUAAAGUGAGAAAAACCCAUCUUUUCUUCCUCAUGACCAAAAAAAGGCUCACUUGCCAGAUGUUUCUGGAGAACAUAUAGUUGGUAAUAUAAGGGUGAUGGUUUCUGAACAACAAUCCAGAUCAUGUUUAUGCAGAUGUACUUACUUGGAAGUAAAUGUGGAGUUGCAGCCAAUAUGUUUGCUAGAUUUAGGAUUCCAAGGGGACAGAGGGAUGAAAAAGAGAACAGAAAAGGAAAUGGCAGCAUAGGACAGAGCAGCCUUCCUCAACGUGGUGCCCUUCAGAUGUUUUGGCCUAUAUACAAUUGGUCAUCUUGCCUGGGGCUCAUGGGAAUUAAAGUCCAAAACAUCUAGAAGGCACUGGGUUGAAGAUGCGUGUAUAAAUUAAAAUUAAAUUUGAAAGAAAGGUUCAGGCUGUAGGACAACUUGAAUUUAUCAUUAUUCAUCUUCAAGAAAUACUUGGAUUUUUAUUCCUUUAAUAACUUGGAAAAACUAUUUCUGAGUUACACAAUUCCCAACUUCCACACAUUUAUAGUUCAUUGGCCAAGAGCAACAUGCCUCUUGGCCCAGGCGGACACAAAAAGAAAAUCUAUCAACAAAAUGCAGCAGUAACAAACACUUCCGUUCCUUGCGCAAGAUCUCUUUGUUGCUAGUUCUACAAUGCCUUCAGUUUUAAUGCUUUGCAGAAAUACAUCUGCUGGCUGAGCUUACAAGUUCAAGGAUUUAGGAUCUGCAGAAAGACACUCACAAACUUGUCAAAUGAAAGGAAAACAGAGCAAAUCCUACAGACUUCAAACACUUUAAACUGCAUUUUGUUAGGAUGUUACAUUUUUUUACUGGGGUCUCCGUUCUAGUCGCACAACUGUGAAUAGAGGCAGCAGUUGAAAAGGGGGGGAUGAGUUGACUUUGUACGAAAUGUUCAUUUUAUUUUGGAUAUGUAUAUCCUCCAAGAAUGGCUCACAAGAAUAAUCAUUACAACUGUAAGACAUCCCAAUAAACAAAACUUUAAAACA